AUGCACUUUGCAAGCCUCAAGAACAACACGCACGAGACGUGGUACAAGGAUGCCGGCCUACGAAAGAACGUCUGGCAUUGUGUCGGCUUCUACUUUGCCGUCUUUUACCUUGGUUUCGAUGCGUCCCUGAUGAACGGUCUGCAAGCCAUCCCCCAGUGGCAGGAGUACUUCAACCAUCCCUCGGGGAACAUCCUUGGCCUCAUCUCGGCCAGUCUGUUUUUGCCUGCCAUCAUCACACCCUUCGCUGCGUCUUGGAUCAACGGUCGAUGGGGUCGCAAGUGGUGCCUGGCCAUUGGCUCGACCCUCCUCAUCCUCGGUGCGUUCCUAAACGCCUUCGCCAAGGACCUGGGCACCUUUAUCGGUGGCCGUGUCAUCAUCGGUGCCGCCGGCCCCUUUGGAAAGAUCACGGGCAUCGCGCUGCUCCAGGAACUCGCCCACCCCCGUCUCCGUCCCUACGUAGCCACCGCCUACUACAGCAACUACUACGUCGGCCAGAUCGCCGCCGCCUGGUUCUGCUACGGUACCCUCUCCUGGGCGCCUACAGAGUGGCGGUGGCGCGCGCCCUGUCUGUUCCAGGCGUUCGCACCACUUGUCGUGCUAGUCCACCUCCUCUUCGUCCCCGAGAGCCCUCGAUGGCUCAUCGACCACGAUCGCUCCGAGCAGGCCCUCAAGGUGCUAGCCGAUGAGCAUGCCAACGGCGACCAGGACGACGAGCUCGUCAGGUACGAAUACGACGAGAUCUGCCGCGCCCUCCAGUUCGAGAAGGAAAACAACAAUGCCAAAUACACUGAUUUCCUCAAGACACCCGGCAACAGGCGACGUCUGCUCGUGCUCGUCACCAUGGGCACUGGCUCGAACUGGGUCGGCAACGGGAUCAUUGCCUACUACCUCAGUCCCGCCCUAAAGCUCGUCGGCAUCACCGACGCGGGCACGAUUGCCGGCAUCAACGGCGGCUUGGCCGUCUGGUCCCUAUUCUGGGCGUACGCUGGUGCCAUGAGCGCCGAGCGCGUCGGGCGUCGCACUCUGUGGAUCACGGGCACCGCGGGCAUGUGUUGCGCGUACGUUGCUAUCACGGGCCUCAGCGGUGCCUUUGCCACGAAUCCCUCGCACAGCCUGGGUAUCGCGGUGAUUCCCAUGAUGUACAUCUUCAAGAUCUUUUAUUGCAUCAGCUGGUCACCGCUGCCGUUUGCUUAUGGCGCUGAGAUUCUGCCAUAUAACUUGCGUCUCAAGGGUCUCAGUAUCGAGCUGAGUGUUCAGAGCGUGGCCCUGGCCUUCAACCAAUGGGUCAACCCCGUGGCACUCCAGGCCAUUGCUUGGAAAUACUACAUCGUCUACAUUGGCGUCAUUGCAAUGUACCUCGUGCUCAUCCUGUUCUUCUUCCCCGAGACUCGGGGCAUGUCCAUUGAGGAAGUCUCAGUCCUCUUCGAUACGGGACGCAAGGGAGAUCCCGACGCCGUGGCUCGCCAGUUCCAACACGGUGGCUCUGAUAAGGAGCGCGCGUUGGCGGAGGACAUUGAUGACCCUGAAAAAGAAGCACAAACCGCCACUGUCACCCGGGUUGAGAAGUAA